AUGGGCUUACCACUUAAGCGGCUACCCCAGCCGCGCCGGUUGCUCAUGAUCGGGGGUGUGAUCGCCGCCAUCUUCCUCAUGCUGCACAUAUUUGCCCCCUCGGCACUCCCACCCAUCCUGGCGCCCGGCCACUUGCACCUUGAGCCCGACGCGCCCAUGUGGUCGUCCUCCAAGUGGAUUCCCCCCCUCAUCAACGGUGGCCUUCCCAAAAUGCCGGACGAGUACGGGUCAGACGGGACAUGUCGCUUCCUCUCGGUCGUCGAGGCGCUGUCACCACAAGAGCGCGCACUCGCCGAAGGCAUCAAGCUCACCGAAGUCUCGCCCGGCAUCGUCCAAGUCAACAACGCUAGUUCCCAGGGCGCACAUCCUAUCCUUGGCCUGAUCGUAGCGGGAGAACGACACUGGGGAGACCUCAUGAAUCGCCAGAGCAAGACGCUCGAAGACGCGUACAAGGUCUACGUGACAAAGUGGGGUCGGCCGCCCCCCAAGGGCUUCGACGACUGGUGGAGUUAUGCGGCGACACGCGAAGUUCUCCUGAUCGACGAGUUUGACAUUAUCAUGGAGUCGCUUAUGCCAUAUUACGGUCUCGAGAUCAAGGAGCUGCAGACACGCAACGCGGACCUGGAAAAGGUCGUCGAGACAUUCACGCUCAUCGUAACCAACGGCAAGGUCGAAGUACAGUGGAACGACAACUAUGCGCGCGACCGGUGGUGGUCGACACGGCCGCGUGCCGACGCCCAGGUCAACCUCAUGGAGAAGUUCCUCCAUCUCCUGCCCAACUUCCGUGCAACCUUCUCGAUCCACGACCAGCCGAUGGUAAUGCUCAACCACGACGUCUUGCAGAAGCUCAAUAAAGCUGCGUCUGACCACAAGGUUGUCACCAAUCCUGGCGAUGUCGAUACAUUCAAGUUUGACUGGAAGUUGGCUUGUCCCAACGACUCGCCCCUGAGGAAGCAGGUUAAGGAGGAAGCCGCCACGGACACGUUUGUGUCGGACCACCUGAAGGCCAUGAACCCCUGCGACCACCCAUCGCUGCUCGAGAACCACGGCAUGUUCCUCGAGGAGCAUGUCGAGACGUCUAGUCCCAAGCCGCACACAAAGUUGCUGCCCAUCUUCUCGUUGUCCAAGACGUCGCUCAACCAGGACAUCCUCGUGACUCCGGUCGGUAAGGACGGGGAGAUUGAGAGCGUGGGCAACGAACGGUCCUGGAACAAGAAGAAUGGCAAGAUGUACUGGCGUGGCCUCGCCACUGGCAUGUUCCACAACAAGAAGGCCGGGCACAAGUGGCGCCAGAGCCACCGCGAGCGACUUCACUUCCUCGCCAACGACCGCACGGGCCGCGAGGAUGAGGUCACUAUGCCUGUUGGCGCCACUGGACAGACCAAAUACGAGCGGCACUCCCUCAAGGCACUCGGCGAGUACUAUACAAACUCCAAGCUCGCGCAGGGUCCAUGGCAGUGUGACGAGGGCGACGGGACAUGCGCCGAGAUGCAGAGCGAGAUCGAUUUCGCUCCGAAGGACCCCAUGGAGGAAAGCAACAAUUACAAGUACCUCCUCGACAUUGAUGGCAACGCGUGGAGCAGUCGCUUCCCGCGCCUCAUGCGGGCCCUCAACGUCAAGAUCAGGGCGACUGUGUUUCCCGAGUGGAACUCGCUGAUCCUCCCGGCAUGGUUCGCGUACGUGCCCGUCAAAAUGGAUUAUUCGGACUUGUACUCGGUCCUUGCUUUCUUCCGCGGCUCCCUUUCAGGGCGGGGAUCACACGACGAGGUGGCGCGCCGCAUUGCGAGAAAUGGACAGUGUUGGGUCGAGAGGACGUUGAGGAGAGAGGACCUCGAAGUAUACAUGUUCCGUCUGUAUCUUGAGUGGGCACGUCUUGUCUCAGACGACCGUGACAACGGCAAGAUGGACUUUGAGCUCCAGCCAUGGCACAAGGGAAAGCCAGACCUCGCGGCCGACCUGGUCAAGCCCGGCAUUGAUUCAUAG